GAUCAGAUCCGCCAAAGGAGGUGUAAGGCAUCAUUUAGCUAUGUUCCUCAGAAUGAGGACGAAUUGGAGCUGAAGAUAGGAGAUGUCAUCGACAUACUGGUGGAGGUGAGAGGGGAGGCUGACAUACUGGUGGAGGUGAGAGGGGAGGCUGACAUACUGGUGGAGGGAGAUGGGAGGCUGACAUACUGGUGGAGGGAGAUGGGAGGCUGACAUACUGGUGGAGGUGAGAGGGGAGGCUGACAUACUGGUGGAGGGAGAUGGGAGGCUGACAUACUGGUGGAGGUGAGAGGGGAGGCUGACAUACUGGUGGAGGUGAGAGGGGAGGCUGACAUACUGGUGGAGGGAGAUGGGAGGCUGACAUACUGGUGGAGGUGAGAGGGGAGGCUGACAUACUGGUGGAGGUGAGAGGGGAGGCUGACAUACUGGUGGAGGUGAGAGGGGAGGCUGACAUACUGGUGGAGGGAGAUGGGAGGCUGACAUACUGGUGGAGGUGAGAGGGGAGGUUGACAUACUGGGGGAGGGAGAUGGGAGGCUGACAUACUGGUGGAGGUGAGAUGGGAGGCUGACAUACUGGUGGAGGUGAGAGGGGAGGCUGACAUACUGGGGGAGGUGAGAUGGGAGGCUGACAUACUGGUGGAGGUGAGAGGGGAGGUUGACAUACUGGGGGAGGGAGAUGGGAGGCUGACAUACUUGGGGAGGUGAGAUGGGAGGCUGACAUACUGGUGGAGGUGAGAGGGGAGGUUGACAUACUGGGGGAGGGAGAUGGGAGGCUGACAUACUGGUGGAGGUGAGAGGGGAGGCUGACAUACUGGUGGAGGUGAGAGGGGAGGCUGACAUACUGGUGGAGGUGAGAGGGGAGGCUGACAUACUGGUGGAGGUGAGAGGGGAGGCUGACAUACUGGGGGAGGUGAGAUGGGAGGCUGACAUACUGGUGGAGGUGAGAUGGGAGGCUGACAUACUGGUGGAGGUGAGAGGGGAGGCUGACAUACUGGGGGAGGUGAGAUGGGAGGCUGACAUACUGGGGGAGGUGAGAGGGGAGGCUGACUGAAUGUUUGGGUGUGUGUCUGUUUCAAGAUUUCUCUUUACUGUAGUUACUGCUCCCUCUUGUGGCCACAUGACAAACCUAUUAAACCAGAUUAUAUUUACAUUUAACAUUUAAGUCAUUUAGCAGACGCUCUUAUCCAGAGCGACUUACAAUAUUUCUGUGGUGACCCUGCGUUCAUUCAUAAGCGUGUAUAUUAACUUUCCCCACGGGAGCUAGCUUUCUUGGAGCCAUUGAUAGCGUGCAGGUCUCCCGACCAGAACCUUGUGGUUUUGAUUCGACCCUCAGAUAAGUACACUCUCCCUUCAUGUUUCAUUACAAUAUUGACUUGUGUGUGUAGGUGGAGGAGGGCUGGUGGGAGGGCAGUCUGAACGGUAAAACAGGGAUGUUUCCCUCCAACUUCACCAGAGAGCUGGAAGACACACCCGCUUCACUCGACACAUCCACUAGGUCAUCACAGGAGGAGCUACGCAGCAACAGGACCAGUGAGUCUCACACGCAUGCACAUGCACACAUCACUGAUCAAAUGUUUUUUAAUAGCAUGAAAUUAUAGAUAAAUAUGAAUACAUUUAAUACAAUUUAAGGAAAUCAAGUUAUAUGAUUCUGCAGAACUGAAGAUGGUUUUUAAUGCAAUUAUAUUUGUGUGUGUGUAGGUAAAGACAGUCCAGGGAGCGAGAGUGACGGAGGAGAGAGUCGCACUGACAGCGGAGAGAUUCAACCCAAGAAGGUCAUUAUCUUUCUAUCUUUCUGUCUGUCUGUCUGUCUGUCUGUCUGUCUGUCUGUCUGUCUAUCAGGGCUCUGUGCAGGCCAGUCAAGUUCUUCCACACCGAUCUUGAUAAACCAUUUCUAUAUGGACCUUGCUUUGUGCACAGGGGCAUUGUCAUGCUGAAACAGGAAAGGGCCUUCCCCAAACUGUUGCCACAAAGUUGGAAGCUAAAUGACGUUAAUGUGCCCUUGAGCAAGGCACUUAACCCUAAUUGCUCCUGUAAGUCGCUCUGGUUAAGAGCGUCUGCUAAAUGACUAAAAUGUAAAUGUAAAAAUGUAAUGAAUGUAAUUGUAUGCUGUAGCAGUAAGAUUUCCCUUCACUGGAAAUAAGGGGCCUAGCCCGAACCAUGAAAAAUAGCCCCAGACCAUUAUUCCAGUUGGCACUAUGCAUUGGGGCAGGUUGCGUUCUCCUGGCAUCCGCCAAACCCAGAUUUGUCUGUCAGACUGCCAGAUAGUGAAGUGUGAUUCAUCACUCCAGAGAACGCGUUUCACCUGUCCAAUGGUGGCAAGCUUUACACCACUCCAGCCGAUGCUUAGCAUUGCGCAUGGUGAUCUUAGGCUUGUGUGCGGCUGCUCGACCAUGGAAACCCAUUUCAUGAAGCUCCCUACAAACAGUUAUUGUGCUGACGUUGCUUCCAGAGGAAGUUUGGAACUCAGUAGUGAGUGUUGCAACCAAGGACAGACGAUUUUUACGCGCUACGCGUUUCAGCACUCGGGUGUCCCGUACCACUUUGUGGCUGAGCCGAUGUUGCUCCUAGAUGUUUCCACUUCACAAUAACCGCACUUACAGUUGACCAGAGCAGCAUUAGCAGGGCAGAGAUUUGAAGAACUGACUAGUUGGAAGGUGGCAUCCUAUGACGGUGUCACUGAGCUCUUCAGUACGGGCCAUUCUACUGCCAAUGUUUGUCUAUAGAGAUUUCAUGGCUGUGUGCUCGAUUUUAUACACCUGUCAGCAACAGGUGUGGAUGAAAUAGCCAAAUCCACUAAUUUGAAGGGGUGUACACAUACUUUUGUCCAUGUAGUCUAUCUAUCUAUCUACAGUAUAUAUCUAUCGAUCUAUAUAUAUAUAUAUAUAUAUAUAUAUAUAUAUAUAUAUACAUACACUACCAGUCAAAAGUUUGGACACACCUACUCAUUCAAGGGUUUUCUUUAUUUUUACUAUUUUUUACAUUGUAGAAUAAUAGUGAAGACACAAUAACACAUAUGGAAUGAUGUAGUAACCAAAGAAGUGCUUAACAAAUCAAAAUAUAUUUUAUAUUUGAGAUUCUUCAAAUAGCCACCCUUUGCCUUGAUGACAGCUUUAAGCUGUCACGUUGUAUAAUGAUUAGAAGAAAGGCGCAGGAAUACGUAUUAGUUUUUUUUUAUUACUCCAACCAACACAAGGUACGUCAUGAAAAAACGACGAGGACGAAGCCCAAAACAAACAUGUGUAUAUAUAUAUAACACUGGGAUGUAACCCAAACAAAAGAGCAAGGUGUAAACCUCUAAACAAUACACGGGACGAGACCCGUAAUAACAAGAGCACAAUACACGGUACUCACGAGACCAACGGACAUGGGAGAAUAAUCGACAAGGACAAUGGGGAACAGAGGGCACAUAUAUACACAUACUAAUCAGGGGGAAUGGGAACCAGGUGGUCGUAAUGAGACAAGACAGUCUGGGGUUGGUGGUAAUGAUCCAGGUCAGUGACACCUAGAAGACCGGUGACGUAGAACUCCGGAGCUGGUGAACGGAAUGAGCAGCAGUACCGGGGGGAUCCGUGACAUGCACACACUUGGCAUUCUCUCAACCAGCUUCAUGAGGUAGUCACCUGGAAUGCAUUUCAAUUAACAGGUGUGCCUUGUUAAAAGUUAAUUUGUGGAAUUUCUUUCCUUCUUAAUAAAUAUAAUAAUAAAUAAACCAAAUAAAUGCUUCACAGAGUUCAAGUAACAGACACAUCUCAACAUCAACUGUUCAGAGGGGACUGUGUGAAUCAGGCCUUCAUGGUCGAAUUGCUGCAAAGAAACCACUACUAAAGGACACCAAUAAGAAGAAGAGACAUGCUUGGGCCAAGAAACAUGAGCAAUGGACAUUAGACCGGUGGAAAUGUGGCCUUUGGUCAAAAGUCCAAAUUGAGAUUUUUGUGAGACGCGGUGUGGGUGAACGGAUGAUCUCUGCAUGUGUAGUUCCCACCGUAAAGCAUGGAGGAGGAGGUGUUAUGGUGUGGGGGUGCUUUGCUGGUGACACUGUCUGUGAUUUAUUUAGAAUUCAAGGAACACUUAACCAGCAUGGCUACCACAGCAUUCUGCAGCGAUACGCCAUCCCAUCUGGUUUGGGCUUAGUGGAACUAUCAUUUGUUUUUCAACAGGACAAUGACCCAACACACCUCCAGGCUGUGUAAGGGCUAUUUGACAAAGAAGGAGAGUGAUGGAGUGCUGCAUCAGAUGACCUGGCCUCUACAAUCCCCUGACCUCAACCCAAUUGAGAUGGUUUGGGAUGAGUCGGACGGCAGAGUGAAGGAAAAGCAGCCAAAAGUGCUCAGCAUAUGUGGGAACUCCUUCAAGACUGUUGGAAAAGCAUUCCAGGUGAAGCUGGUUGAGAGAAUGCCAAGAGUGUGCAAAGCUGUCAUCAAGGCAAAGUGUGGCUAUUUGAAGAAUCUCAAAUAUAAAAUAUAUUUGGAUUUGUUUAACACUUCUUUGGUUACUUCUUGAUUCCAUAUGUGUUAUUUCAUAGUUGUGAUGUCUUCACUAUUAUUCUACAAUGUAGAAAAUAGUAAAAAUAAAGAAAAACCCUUGAAUGAGUAGGUAUUCUAAAACUUUUGACCGGUAGCGUGUGUAUAUAUAUAUAUAUAUAUCGUGGUAAGUGUAGUUUAAUAACAGUGUCAUGAUAACUUUAAAUGUUUAUAAUAGUAUUUCCAUGGUAACUAUAGUUAGUAAUAGUGUAGUUGUGUUAACUAUAGUCAUAGUAACUAUAGUUAGUAAUAGUAUAGUUGUGUUAACUAUAGUAGUGGUAACUAUAGUUAGUAAUAGUGUAGCUGUGUUAACUAUAGUAGUGGUAACUAUAGUUAGUAAUAGUGUAGCUGUGUUAACUAUAGUAGUGGUAACUAUAGUUAGUAACAGUGUCUUCAUGGUAACUAUAGUCGUGGUAAUGUGGGUCUCCAGGUUCGAGGGUUGGGGUUCGGUGACAUCUUUAAAGACCAGCCCAUCAGACUGAGACCUGCAUCUGGAGACAUGGACACAGAGGGAGAGAAGGUGACACACACACACACACACACACACACACACACACAUAAUAGUGCAUAUACAGGUAAGUGCCAAAAUAAAGGAAACACUCAAGUAAAGGAGGAAUACAAAGUAUAUUGAAAGCAGGAGCUUCCACACAGGUGUGGUUCCUGAGUUAAUUAAGCAAUUAACAUCCAAUCAUCCCCCCCACACACACACACACACACUAACACACACUCCCUUCAUCAGUGAGAGAGAGCUCUACGGGGAGUGAAGGAGGGAGGGAGGAAGUGAGGGAGGGAGGAAGGAAGAAGGAGGCAUUGGCGCUUUUCACCGAUGCGUACACACACAGACAUACACUGGGUCACUGUGGAGGGUAAGACAACCACAUCUCUCCUUUUCUCUCUUUCUCUCUCUUUUUCUCUUCUCUCACUGUAUUAGUGUUGAAUCUGCUUUGUAAAAGGACUGUCUGGAUAAUGGCAGGGUUAUGUUUUCUUUAGGGUGUGUCUUGUCAGGGUGUGUAUGCGUGUGAUAAUCUAUGUUUGUCGGGUGUGUGUUUGAGUAUGUGAGUUUGGGUACGUGUCAGGGUGUGUGUGUGCCUGUGUGUGCCGUGUGUGUGUGUGUCUGUCUGUCUGUCUGUCUGUCUGUCUGUUUGUGUGUGUAGGAUGUUUAGCAGCCUGUCCUGCUGUGCGGGUGGCUGCAGUGAUGGUUUAUGGGAAGUGUAGUCUCAGUUCUCUAAUGAGAAUGGGGGGGGAAAUUAGCUGGGGGAGGGGGGUUAAUAUGGGUAGUUCUGAGUAAUAGCCUUUAGACACAGAUGCAGAACAGUGUCUAGAGUUAACAUAUGUACUAGACUGGAAUCUCUCUUCCCCUUAGGGCUGAGGAAGUAUCCAGCUGUGUGUCACAGUCUGACGUUACUUUAACAAUGGUUGACCAGUUGUGUACUGGUAUGUGCGUGUGUGUGUGCCCCACAUGACUCUUAUUAGUACAACUCGAACUAGACUGGGUGGAGAGAGAGGGAUAGAGUAAGCUAUGGAAGGGUGGGAGAGAGAAAGAGUGAAGAAGGGUGGGAGAGCGAGAGAGGGGGGGAGGGAGAGAGGGGGGAGGGAGAGAGAGAGAGAGGGGGAGGGAGAGAGAGGGGGAGGGGAGAGAGGGAAGGAGAGAGGGGGAGGGAGAGGGGGAGGGGAGAGAGAACGGGAGAGAGGGAGAGGGGAGGGAGAGAGAGGGGAGAGAGGGGGGGGGAGGGGAGAGAGAGCGGGAGGGAGAGAAAGAGGGGGGAGGGAGCGAGAGCGGAAGAGAGAGAGAGCGGGGGGGGGGGGGGGGGGGAGCGGGUCAGGGAGAGCUGGUGGUAUAGAGGGGUUGGGAUGUUUACUGAGUGUAAAACAGAGAAGUGUGUGUUUGAGACAAAACAGGCUCUGUGUGUGUGUUUCCUGUUGAAGAGCCACUCUCGUUCCACAAACAUAGCAUAGGGAUCCAUUAGUCUUAUAACAACAGCCCCUUAUACACUAUACACACACACACACACACACACACACAACUACACAUUCAAACACACACACAGAGCCCAGUCUGUACGGAUUUGAUCCCCUGAUGAUCGCACAUGGAGAUAUAUGGGUAUGUAUUUACGUGUGUGUGUGUGUGUUUCCCUCCACUCCUCUAGGCACAGGUUAGGAAAUCACCCUCUGUUGCCCCGGGAACUAUGAAGGCGGAACCUGAGGGCAAGGUGAAAGGUGAGAGGGAGGGGCCUGGGAUUUUCUAGAUUCUCAUUGGCAGUCUGUCUCACUUCCUAAUUCAUCCUAGAAUAAGAUAAAGUAGAAAUAGAAAUACAGAAUCUUUCAAUUUAAAUUAUUAUAUAAAAUUCUUGCUACCAAUAGAAUGUUAUUUAUAUGGGGGAUACAAUCUUCCCAGCUCUGUAGAUUUUGCUGUGAAGAGAUAGAAUCAUUAGAUCAUUUGUUUUGGUUCUGUCCAUUUGUAGCUUGUUUUUGGACACAGGUCCAGGAAUGGCUAAAGGAUUGCAAUAUUUACCUGGAACUAACCUUGCAGAUAGCAUUACUGGGUGAUCUGAAAAGUCAUAGUCAAUCAAUCAAUAAUAUAAUAAUACUUUUAGCAAAAAUGUUUAUUUUUAAUUCACAAUCUGUAGAAGCAAUGAGAAUAGAAAGGUUCAGAACUUUUGUAAAACAUCACAGUACGGUUGAAAUAUAUAUGGCAAAUAGAAAUCCUAUAUGGAUGGUGUUAAGAGAUAGAUGGGAGGUAUUGAAUAGAGUUGAAGGAUGGGACUAAUAACAAAUAACAACAAAUAAUAACAAAGAUAGCUAAUAAUGUAAGCAUACUGUGUCCAUAAUAAGUAUAUAGGUUGUAUGUUGGGAGCUUUUGGGAAAGAGCACAGUUAGAAAGAUAUGGCAUUUAGAAGCAAACCGGAUGGACAUCAUGAAAAUGAUCGGAGAGGUUGAGAGUAGAAGAAGUUCAGGAGCAAAAAAAUAAAUAAAUAUAUAUAUUUUUAUAUAUACAUAUAGAUAUAGAAUUAUUGUAAAAUUAACUCUGUCCAUAAGGUGUAGAUAGUAAGUAUAGACCGGAAGUAGAGGCCUGGGCGUUGUUGUUCACUAAUUUACUCCAAGUAGGGAAAGGAUGGUGGGGUUGAAAAGUAAUAAAGGGGAAUAUAUAUAUAAAAAAUAAAAAUAAACAUGGGGGAUUGGAAGUGAUGCAGACAAUUACAUUGAUAGAAGAUACAAUCUAUCUGCAAUAUUAAGCUGAUCCAUCCCCCCGAAAAAAAAGAAAAAAAAAGAAAGAAAUAGAAAUACACUUUUGGGAUUCAGCGUGUUUCUCUGUGUUCUGAUUGGUUCCCAGGCCGUGAGCUGUGUAAAGUCAUCUUCCCGUACGACGCCCAGAAUGAAGACGAGCUGUCAAUCAAAGAGGGAGAGAUCAUCUCCAUCAUUAACAGGGUGUGUGUGUGUGUGUGUGUGUGUGUCUUUGUGUGUGUGUGUGUGUGUGUGUGUGUGUGUGUAUGUGAGGGGUGUGUGCGUGUGUUUAACCUGUGUAUUUGGAUUGUGUGUGUUGUAGGACUGUGCUGACGCAGGGUGGUGGAUGGGGGAGAUAGGGGGGAGGAAGGGAGUCUUCCCUGAUAACUUUGUCAAGCUGCUAAUACCUGAUGUAGAGAAAGAGGUAAGAAACAACAGAAUUGGAUUUAUACUAUUAUUGAGGUGUUCAAGGAAUUAAAUUCCAUGAGAGCAAAAUGGCUUUGUGUGUGUGUGUGUGUGUGUGUGUGUUUGCAGAGACCAAAGAAGCCGCCUCCCCCCAGUGCCCCCUCAGCUAAACACACCACAGGUAAUCCCCCUGUCCUCACCUCUCUUUUCCUCUCCUCUCUCCCCUUUUCUGCUCUCAUUUCCUCUGUUCUCCCUAUUUUUUCCUCUCCUUACCUCUCCUCUAUCUCAAUCCUCUAUCUCUAAUCUCUCUUCUCUUCUCCGCUCAGCCACUGGUACCGUUUUGUGUGUGUCUCAAUCCUCUCUCUAUCUCCAUCUACUCCUCUCUGUUUUGUGUGCGUUAGUGUGUUAAAGGGAGAGAGGCAGAAACCAUUAGCUAUGGAGAUAAUUAAACAGGUAUAGAGACAGACAGACAGACAGACAGACAGACAGACAGACAGACAGACAGACAGACAGACAGACAGAGAUAGAGAGAGAACGAGAGAGAACGAGAGAGAACCAAAGAUCUAGGGAGGAGUGUCAAUAAUGUCACCCUCAGUUGACCCCUGACCCCUGUGUGACCUGUAGAGAAAAGGUUGGAAGUCAGAAAGGUACCCCCGGAGCGCCCCGAGCACCUGCCUCAUAGACCACCUGACGACAACAAAGGUAUUAUAGUAAUACUACAAAUACUAAACUCUGCCUCACAGAUCUGAUGACAACAGAGGUACUACCAUACUACUAUAUGGUACUAUUAUACAACUACUACUAUAUUACAACUACUACCAUUACUAUACUACACUAUUCCAGUAUCAUCUACAAUGCCUGCUUGGGCCUGCUGCAGCCUGACUACUGCUCUCUCUAUGACUACUACCCUAUAUGGCUAUUCAGCCUGAUUGGGUCCUAUUCAGCCUGCUUGGGCCUUAUUCUGCCUGCAUGGGACCUAUUCAGCCUGCUUGGGCCCUAUUCUGCCUGCUUGGGCCCAAUUCAGCCUGCGUGGGCCUUAUUCAGCCUGCGUGGGCCUUAUUCAGCCUGCGUGGGCCUUAUUCAGCCUGCGUGGGCCUUAUUCAGCCUGUGUGGGCCUUAGUCAGACUGCUUGGGCCUUACUCACCCUGGUUGGGCCCUAUUCAGCCUGCUUAGGCCUUAUUCAGCCUGCUUGGGUCUUAUUUAGCCUGCUUGGGCCUUAUUCAGUCUGCUUGGGCCCUAUUCAGCCUGCUUUAGCUUUAUGCUGCAGCUCUCCCCACCUCUUCAGCUGGCUCACACCUCACCUAUACGUUGACCGUGUGUGUCUGUGUGUAUGACAUCCCCAUUCAGACACCUACUAUUUUACCCUGUCCGUAUACAUGUAUGUGUUUGUUAAUUUGUGUGUGUGUGUGUAGGUGAGGAGGUGAAGGUUGGAGAGAUCCCUAAGCCCACCCUCCCGUCCAAAUCUCCAAAGAAGCCCCACCCACCAAAGACAAGCUCCUCCCACUUCCCUCCCCGACGCCCUGACAGACCUGAGAGACCUCCUACUGUACCGUCAGUACACGCAAACACACACACACACACACACACACACACACACACACACACACACACACACACACACACAAAUAAACACACACUAAAGUUGUUGUUUGGUCUACCUGUUCAGGUGUGAGAGCCCUAAGUUUGAGGGUGGGGCUGUGACUCCAGAUCCUGCCUCUGACAGGUCAAAAUAUAUUGGUGAGUUUGACUGACAGUACAAGGGGCCAAUCAGGGUCAGUUUGAUAGUUAUGUGGCCGGACACUAGUCCAGCCAGAGCAGUCUUGAGUCGGCUGACUCAAGAGACAGAGGUUUGAAUAUGAAUCAAGAUCAUCAGUUCUCCUUCUCUCCCUCUUUAUCUCUCUUUCUCUCUUUAUCUCUCAUAUACGAGGAAUUAGCAGCUCUAGCGCUCUUAUAGAUCAGCUGUAUAUGCGUUUGUUUCUUUGAUUGCCUGGUCUCUGGUUAAAUGUUAGAAUUGUUCCUAUAGAUUAACAUUAUAAUGGUUGUAUGGUGUGUGUCUGUGUGUGUGUGUCUGUAGAUGUGGUUGACUUGGACUCUGUAGUCUUGUCUACAGAAAAACUAAACCAUCCGACCGCAAUGAGACCAAGAGUCCUCGACCGCAGACCACGCUCCCAGAUCAUCAGCACAGUGAGUGAACACACACACACACACACACACACACACACACACACACACACACACAGUCGUGUACAGUUAACCUUGUAACAAUUCAGUCUCAUUAAAAAUCCUAUUUUCCCUAACCCCUAAACCUAACCCGUACUCUUACCCUAACCCUAACCUUAACCCAAAAACCUAACCCUAAACCUAACCCUAGCUCCUAACCCUAAACUUAAAACUAACCCUAGCUCCUAACCCUAACCCUAACAUAAUUAUAACCCUAACACUAAUUCUAACCUUAACCCUAAACCCCCUAGAAAUAGCAUUUGACCUCAUUGGGACUAACAAAAUUUCCCCAGUUGGUCAAAUAUUUGUUUGUUUACUAUUCUUGUGGGGCCUUCUGGUCCCCACAAGAAUAGUUAAACACGUCCCACACACACACACACACACACACACACACACACACACAGGGCCAUGCACAGACCUUUGGUGGGGCAGGUGCUCAACGUAGCUACUGUUUUUUUACGUAGCUGCUACUCAGUGCUCCGAUGCCACUUCCCCCUCCUUGAUCAGCGAUGAACGCCAUUGUCUGGUGUAGCCUACAGACGUCAUGUUGUACACAAAGGACAUGGCCGACAUGUUCCAACUACUGCAUUCCAUGCCUCAGAAGGUUAUUAAGCAUAAGCGCGAUUUCAUGUAGUUUUUUUAGGAGGGGAGUUAGGCUACAUGCAGCUAUUUACAUGUUGUACACAAAAGACAUGAUCAACAUACACCUUAGCCAAAUAUAUUUAAACUCAGUUUUUCACAAUUCCUGACAUUUAAUCGUAGUAAAAAUUCCCUGUUUUAGGUCAGUUAGGAUCACCACUUUAUUUUAAGAAUGUGAAAUGUCAGAAUAAUUGUAGAGAGAAUGAUUUAUUUCAGAUUUUAUUUAUUUCAUCACAUUCCCAGUGGAUCAGAAGUUUACAUACACUCAAUUAGUAUUUGGUAGCAUUGCCUUUAAAUUGUUUAACUUGGGUCAACCGUUUUGGGUAGCCUUCCACAAGCUUCCCACAAUAAGCUGGGUGAAUGUUGACCCAUUCCUCCUGACAGAGCUGGUGUAACUGAGUCAGGUUUGUAGGCCUCCUUGCUCACACAUGCUUUUUCAGUUCUGCCCACACAUUUUCUAUAGGAUUGAGGUCAGGGCUUUGUGAUGGCCACUCCAAUACCUUAACUUUGUUGUCCUUAAGCCAUUUUGCCACAACUUUAGAAGUAUGCUUGGGGUCAUUGUCCAUUUGGAAGACCCAUUUGCGACCAAGCUUUAACUUCCUGACUGAUGUCUUGAGAUGUUGCUUCAAUAUUUCCACAUAACUUUCCUUCGCCAUGAUGCCAUCUAUUUUGUGAAGUGCACCAGUCCCUCCUGCAGCAAAGCACCCCCACAGCAUGAUGCUGCCACCCCCGUGCUUCACGGUUGGGAUGGUGUUCUUCGGCUUGCAAGCCUUCCCCUUUUUCCUCCAAACAUAACGAUGGCCAUUAUGGCUAAACAGUUCUAUUUUGUUUAAUCAGACCAGAGUACAUUUCUCCAAAAGGUACGAUCUUUGUCCCCAUGUGCAGUUGCAAACCGUAGUCUGGCUUUUUUAUGGCGGUUUUGGAGCAGUGGCUUCUUCCUUGCUGAGCAGCCUUUCAGGUUAUGUUGAUAUAGGACUCGUUUUACUGUGGAUAUCGAUACUUUUGUACCUGUUUCCUCCAGCAUCUUCACAAGGUCCUUUGCUGUUGUUCUGGGAUUGAUUGGCACUUUUCGCACCAAAGUAAGUUUGUCUCUAGGAGACAGAACGCAUCUCCUUCCUGAGCGGUAUGACGGCUGCGUGGUCCCAUGGUGUUUAUACUUGCGUACUAUUGUUUAUACAGAUGAACGUGGUACCUUCAGGUGUUUGGAAAUUGCUCCCAAGGAUGAACCCGACUUGUGGAGGUCUGCAAUUGUUUUUCUGAGGUCUUGGCUGAUUUAUUUUGAUUUUUUCAUGAUGUCAAGCAAAGAGGCACUGAGUUUGAAGGUAGGCCUUGAAAUACAUCCACAGGUACACCUCCAAUUGACUCAAAUGAUGUCAAUUAGCCUAUCAGAAGCUUCUAAAGCCAUGACAUCAUUUUCUGGAAUUUUCCAAGCUGUUUAUAGGCACAGUCAACUUAGUGUAUGUAAACUUCUGACCCACUGGAAUUGUGAUACAGUGAAUUAUAAGUGAAAUAAUCUAUCUGUAAACAAUUGUUGGAAAAAUUACACGUGUCAUGCACAAAGUAGAUGUCUUAACCGACUUGCCAAAACAAUAGUUUGUUAACAAGAAAUUUGUGGAGUGGUUGAAAAAACGAGUUUUAAUGACUCCAACCUAAGUGUAUGUAAACUUCCAACUUAAACUGUAUCUAGACAGGAUAUCAAACAAAAGAAAGACACUGACACACAGUCUAAUGAACAAUUUAAUGUUAUUUUUUCAUAAUUGACUAAGCAGGAGGAAGACAGACAGUCAAAGUAGUAGUGUUAUUUUUCAGCAAUUCUGGGUAAUGGCUAUUAUAUGGCAGCAACUACAAAGAUUAGCCUACGUCGUCACACAAAACACUGAUUGUUUUUGCUCCAAUGCAAUGUGUAGGGACUGCAUCCUGCUUGUGUAACUGCAAUAUCCAUUACAACAGACAGAGAUGGUUGUAACCUUCAUAAUAGUCUGGCAUGUUCGUUCAAAUCGCCGCAGGGUUUUUAUUUCAGCUGUUCAGAAAUAAGAGGCAGAGAUAGGCUACAUCAUCAAGGUUCAGAAGAGGAUGAGGAAAGAGAGAAAGGUGAAGGGAGGUGGAGUGUGAGCAGCAGCUACUUAGAACAAAAUGUGUGUGUAAAAUAACACAUGCGCAGAACGUGAUCCGGAUCUGUAGCUUUGAGAAACAGGUUUGCAGAGAGGCAUGGCGGGGGCGAAAACUCAGCCACGGCCAAAUUUAUUUUUACUUAAAGCUAGAAUACUUAAUUGAAACAAUAACACAUUCCUAGACAGAGCUAUGGAUGCAAGGACUGACCAUCCACGAUAUCAAAUGUAUAGUUUAACCAUGUUUUGAAGCUAUUCAGCGUUUGUUUACAUUUACAUUGUAAACAUUGGAUAUGUUUACAAUGUAAUAUAUUUUGGGUUCUGAUGGGGUACGACAGCUCGACUAAGCUCAUGAGGCAUUUAAAAGUUAUAUUCUUCAAGAAUCAAUGAGUUUAUAUGUACAAAAAUGGAUGUAGCAACUACGAUUCCAGCUUUAAUUCCAUUCAUCCUUUUCUACUGCUCCUCUAGCCAAAAGUUUUUACAUAAGUCUUAAUUUUUUGCAAAAACACACUCACUCAUCACACAUUGUAGACUAAAAGCGAAUGUAUGCUUGCUCCAGCGAUGCGUUCCGGAGGCUCUGUACUGUGGCUUGCAGAGGCCAAAUCGAGCUCCAUACUGCAUCACCGUGUGCCUACCAAAUGUUCUAACAAUGCGGCUGUGUAUAGCUCCGCAUUGACAUGAUUGGUUGACGGUAGGUGGGGGCGGGAGUUCCUGUAUAAACAAACUCACUUCCUUGACAACAUCCUUCACAACAGCUCUGCUCUGAUCUGCGAAGCGCAAGAAGUAUGAAUGCCCUGACUUCUACAGAGGCUGUAUCGCAGUAAAUGCUGUACGGCCAAUGCAGACGUUGGAUUGACCAUGCAGCGCCUUUAAGCAACCUAGAACUAAAGAUUAAAGGGAGAUAGGUUAAGUAUCUUUGCUAGAACCACUACUGGAGUGGCCUAUCAUCUGAUCAUCGCUAAUGUAGGCUAAAUGAAUCAGCUAGUUAGCUAGGCUGUCAAAACUAAUCAAAUCAAAUCCAUUUUUAUUUGUCACAUACACGUGUUUAGCAGAUGUCUUUACCUGAUUUGAAUCUGAUUUGAAUUUGUUUUGCUACUGACAAACAGUCGGACUGCAGUUGCCCCCUUCCCUGUACCUGACCGUGAGACAGCACAUACUAGCAACUCCAAAGUCAUCUACUACUGGCGGUAUUCAUUUCAACCUCACCACGCUGCGCCGGUGCGUAGCUAGUGCAUGAAAUGAGGACGAGUCAACUUUUUUCAAGAUUCAUGAGUUUAUGAGAAAUGAUCUAGUUUGAUAGGCAAAUCGUUGCAUUUAAAGUUACAAGAGAGAAAAGAGACACAUUUUAAAAUUUUUAAUUAAUUAGUCAAAUUAGCAGGCGCUCCAGCACCCCUAGGGCUCUAUCUGUGCAUGUGCCUGCACACACACACACAUAAACACACACACAUAAACAUACACACAUAAACAUACACGCACAUACAAAUACUUGUUCCUAUAACACCUCUCUCUCUCUCUCUCUCUCUCUCUCUCUCUCUCUCUCUCUCUCUCUCUCUCUCUCUCUCCUUCCUCUCCUCUUCUCUCUCUCUCAGUCUUCUCUGUCCAGUAUUGACCUGCUGAACUUUCCUGCGGUGGAGGAGGAGAAGAGUGAGAAGGCCAGAGAGGAGGAGGAGGAGGACUCCUUGAGUCCUAGACCAGUAGAUGUCUCUAAGAGGAAAGCACUUCCCACCAUCACUGUAAGAAUAAACAUUUGUUUUCAUGAUUAACCUGUAUUUUAGCUGUGAAUCAGAGUAUAUUUUGUGUUUGUGUAUUCCCAGAGGAUUAUACUACAAAGCAGGGCAAUCAAGUCAGCCAACUAACUUUGAUAAACAUUCAGAAAUAAUAAGUGUUUCAGGUUCAUUAAUGAACCUAGACUUGAAUAUGGGUUGCUGUAGAAUAAUGGAAUCAAUCCAUGCCGAUUUCAAGCAUACAGUGAGGGAAAAAAGUAUUUGAUCCCCUGCUGAUUUUGAACGUUUGACCACUGACAAAGAAAUGAUCAGUCUAUAAUUUUAAUGGUAGGUUUAUUUGAACAGUGAGAGACAGAAUAACAACAAACAAAUCUAGAAAAACGAAUGUAAAAAAUGUUAUAAAUUGAUUUGCAUUUUAAUUAGGGAAAUAAGUAUUUGACCCCCUCUCAAUCAGAAAGAUUUCUGGCUCCCAGGUGUCUUUUAUACAGGUAAUGAGCUGAGAUUAGGAGCACACUCUUAAAGGGAGUGCUCCUAAUCUCAGCUUGUUACCUGUAUAAAAGACACCUGUCCACAGAAGCAAUCAAUCAAUCAGAUUCCAAACUCUCCACCAUGGCCAAGACCAAAGAGCUCUCCAAGGAUGUCAGGGACAAGAUUGUACACAAGGCUGGAAUGGGCUACAAGACCAUCGCCCAGCAGCUUGGUUAGAAGGUGACAACAGUUGGUGCGAUUAUUCGCAAAUGGAAGAAACACAAAAGCACUGUCAAUCUCCCUCGGCCUGGGGCUCCAUGCAAGAUCUCACUUCGUGGAGUUGCAAUGAUCAUGAGAACAGUGAGGAAUCAGCCCAGAACUACACGGGAGGAUCUUGUCAAUGAUCACAAGGCAGCUGGGACCAUAGUCACCAAGAAAACAAUUGGUAACACACUACGCCGUGAAGGACUGAAAUCCUGCAGCGCCCGCAAGGUCCCCCUGCUCAAGAAAGCACAUAUACAGGGCCGUCUGAAGUUUGCCAGUGAACAUCUGAAUGAUUCAAAGGAGAACUGGGUGAAAGUGUUGUGGUCAAAUGAGACCAAAAUGGAGCUCUUUGGCAUCAACUCAACUCGCCGUGUUUGGAGGAGGAGGAAUGCUGCCUAUGACCCCAAGAACACCAUCCCCACCGUCAAACAUGGAGGUGGAAACAUUAUGCUUCAGGGGUGUUUUUCUGCUAAGGGGACAGGACAACUUCACUGCAUCAAAGGGACGAUGGACAGGGCCAUGUACCGUCAAAUCUUGGGUGAGAACCUCCUUCCCUCAGCCAGGGCAUUGAAAAUGGGUCGUGGAUGGGUAUUCCAGCAUGACAAUGACCCAAAACACACGGCCAAGGCAACAAAGGAGUGGCUCAAGAAGAAGCACAUUAAGGUCCUGGAGUGGCCUAGCCAGUCUCCAGACCUUAAUCCCAUAGAAAAUCUGUGGAGGGAGCUGAAGGUUUGAGUUGCCAAACGUCAGCCUCGAAACCAUAAUGACUUGGAGAAGAUCUGCAAAGAGGAGUGGAACAAAAUCCCUCCUGAGAUGUGUGCAAACCUGGUGGCCAACUACAAGAAACAUCUGACUUCUGUGAUUGCCAACAAGGGUUUUGCCACCAAGUACUAAGUCAUGUUUUGCAGAGGGGUCAAAUACUUAUUUCCCUCAUUAAAAUGCAAAUCAAUUUAUAACAUUUUUGCCAUGCGUUUUUCUGGAUUUAUUUGUUGUUAUUCUGUUUCUCACUGUUCAAAUAAACCUACCAUUUAAAAUUAUAUACUGAUCAUCUCUUUGUCAGUGGGCAAACUUACAAAAUCAGCAAGGGAUCAAAUACUUUUUUCCUUCACUGUAUCUUCCUAAUAAAUUUGAGUUUUUAAAAGUUUUUCUGACCAUUUAAGUAGGUUAGCUGGCUAAGUCAUUAAUCCAGAUUUGUGAUAAACCCCACAGGUACCUGACAGUAAGGGUGUGCUGCCCCCCAAGCCUGUGGUCCUCCCCCCACCUUCGAUAGGAAGCCUGGCCCUCCGCCCAACAAGCCCCUCCCCUUCAACUGUAAACCACACCUCUUCCGGUUUAAGCCCCUCCCCCGAACGUAGGCCGGCACCCACCCUGGAGGAGCUGAGAGGACAGCUUAGAGAGCUGAGAGCCUCCGUAGAACUGCUGAAGAGCCAACACAGGUAGGGGUGUGUGUGUGUGUGUUUGUGUAUGUGUGUGUGUGUAUGUGUGUUAACAGUGUGUGUUAAUAGUAUGAGUGACUGGUGUCUCGGUCCCAGGCAGGAGAUGAAGCAGUUGGCUAGUGACCUGGAAGAGGAGAAGAGGAUCCGCCUUACUCUGCAGGUGAACACACACACACACACACACACACACACACACACACACACAGUGAUGCUCCCUGUCCAGUGCUUAACAACAUCCAUUCACCACUGAUACGGUUUCAUCUUAACUAUACAUUUGGUGUUUGUGUUUUUCAGAUGGAGGUGGAGCAGAUUAAGAAGUGUUUAUCUAAAUGACCCUUCACCAUCCGCGGCGCACACUGAUGACAUCACCACACACUGCAGCCAGAGUGUAAUAUCAUCCUGAGGCAGGGUUCAGCCGAACUAGUUUGUGCCAAAAAACAACAACAAAAAUGACAGACGAUCCCAAUCCCUCUAUCCGUCUGUUAGUUUGUUUGUGUUGAAAAGGCUUGUUUAUUUGUUUCCUGCAAUCUGAUUGGAGUGCUCUGCAUCAGGGGCGUUGCCUCAAGUACUCACCUGUCUGUCACCACGGUACUCAAAACACCUGGAACACCUUUUCCUGCUGUUUGUGCGUGUGUGUCAACUUACAAGGUUUCCAUUGCAACCCCUCACUGUGGCCUUCCUUCCGGUUUUAGACUCCUCCCCUCCUUCCUUCCCUCCUUCCUUCCUUCCCUCCUUCCUUCCUUCCUUUUUUCUUUCUUUCUUUCAGAUGACAAAGAGAAAGUGUCUUGUUUUUUUUCUUGGUCAUUGCUCUCCAGGAAAGUAAAAUAUACUUUUAUAUUCCAGUGUUCUAAAGAUUAAGAUUAUGGAUGUGUGCCGAUUUUAAUAAAAAAAACAUCAACCAACCUGUUUCUGUGUGCCUCUGUCUGUCACCCUACCCCCAGGGAGAGCCACAGUAUCAGUUACUCUGUGUCUCUGAUAACCCAACCUGGACACACACACACACGUGUGCAUUGGUUUUGUGUAUGUGUGUGUGUCCAGUGCCACUCCAUUGCUCUUUACUCUGUUGGUUCAGUUAAUUAGUCUGGCAGAACAUGACUGAGUCUCCAUAGAGCACUGGACACACACACACACACACACACAGGCUGCUGUAUUCGCUGUGUGUGUAUGUGUUGUAGACAAGUGUGUGUUACCAUCUCUGUCUCAUCAGGUAGUGUGUGUGUGUGUGUGAGCAUGCAUUUAUGUGUGUCUUUGUGUGUGUUGUUUUGACUAAAGACAGAGAUCGUGUGCGACAGGUCCAGAAUGUCCUCGGGGCAGUGGACAUAACUCAAAAUAACUUGACUGUGAGUGUGUGAGUGUUGGCUGGCUGGCUGGUUGGGGGUGUCAGAUCAGAGGACAGAGAGUGUUUUAUAUUUAGCUACAGUGGCAGCAGCACUUCAGCCCUACUAGAGAGCUCUACAACCCAACUGUCUGUAUGUGCUGUUUUAAGUACUUCUGGGAAGUAUAAGUUAUUUUGAAGAGUGAGUGUGUGUGUGUGUGUUGUAGAAGGACAGAGCCUGAGGAGAUGCACACCCCCUCUUCAGAUCAGCGUGUGAGUAUUUGUGGGAACAAGCGGUGCAGCUGCUGACGGAACCGGAGAGGAGAGGUCUGGAUCUAGAGCAGCACACGCUCCACCGGUCACUAGGCAGCGGACAGCCGGUUUGCUGACUUUCUGAUUGUUGACACAUUUUCUCAGAGCCAUCAUAUAGCUCUCUUUCUCUCUCUCUCUCUCGCUCACUUCUCUCUAACCCCCCCCCACUCUGUGUGAUAGUGUUGAACUAGCCUGAUCUGGUCUGGGUGGUAACACAGUAAGGUAAUGAUGUGUGAGAUGCAGGAGGUGGACAGAGUCAGACCAACACGGCUCCCCAGGCGACAGGUGCACUGAGACACGGGCUCAGCUCUAAUCCUCAGGAGGACAGGAAGACAGAGGAAGACAAGAGGAGCCAGACUCCGCUUUCAUCCCUGGGGCCAUGGACACGGCUGGUCAGGGUGCGUCGGCGACCGAAGCAGGGGGAGAGGGUCGAGGAGGUGGGGGAGAGAGUCGUGAGGGGGUGUUUGUCGGGUCUGUGGACCGGGAGAAUGUGUCCAGCCCAAGCCCCUCCGCCAAGCAGCGCUCCCUGAGGGCAGUCUAUGUGCUGAAUGAUGGGCUGAAGGCAGUGCUGGCGACUAGCCCCGAGUCGGGGGCGCUCCAGUGUCUGCAGAGAGCCUGCGAUGCAGAGAGUGCUCUGCUGACCACUGUCACCUUUGGACGACUGGACUUCGGAGAGACCUCGGUGCUGGACACUUUCUAUGAUGCA